AUGUAUUUUUUACAAAGUCUCGCGAAGUUUGUCUCCCCCAUCGAAAGCCUGCCCAACUUCGACUUCGGCGAGCUGCUGUGGCAAUCAGUGGCUCGUGAGCGCGAGGCAUUCAAGGUCGGUGCAGAUGCCGAUGACCCAGAAGAGCCGACGGAGGUUGAGGACGGAUCCGAGAUGGCGCAGACCCGCAGUUCUCAUGGAGAUCAAGGCGGUAAAAAGCGCAAGGCAGAAGCGGAUGAAGCAGGAGCAAGGGAUCCUGAGCUCGACGUCUGCCGCUCCCACCAACGCCGUCGUGCAAAGCGAAGCAGAAUAAUCGCCGCUGAAGGUUCUCAGAUCCGCCCAGAAGUAAAAGCGCAUAUUUUGGCAGCCAGUGAGCCCAUACCCACCGAUUUGAACCUCGAAGGGCUGCCCACCGCCUGUUGCGGCUAUCAGGCCAUGAAUUACAAGCGUCGCACUGGAGACGAGAUCGGAAGCCUCGAGGAGCUGUUGGACGAUGGAUUUCGACUCAUUCCUUGGGAUGGGUAUGGAAUACGGCCCUUUGAGGAUGCAAAUGGGAGAACUUUCGGAGCGCUGGUUGGGCAGCCCAACGAUCCCUCCUACCGCCAAGCAUGUGAAGAGGUCUACCAGCUCUUUCUAGAGCUAGGUCAGAUGCCCGAGUUUCAAAGCGGAGUCCCCAAGAACGUCCGCGGCCGCUUUCCCGUCUUGAACGUCGGCUACACCCAUGGGAAGGGCACUGAGGCACCGGUAAACCUUCACGAACCAAAGAAUGGACGACCGAGUAAGCACUCCGCCCAUGCGGAGGCUCUGCGCAGCAAUAAGUCCCUCGAGAGGAUCGCAACCUUUGCCAGCUCGGCUCUAAACCUAUGGGCUCCGAAGCUGUUUGACUACUGCGAGAAGCACCUCAACAAGCUCCGCAAAUUUGCCCCACAUCUUUGGCCCAACUUCCCCAAAAGCAUAUUCCCCAGCAUGGCGAUAAAUUGCAGCCCAAAGGCAUGGACCCGGAAGCAUCGCGACUGCAUGAAUCUGCCAUUCAGACUCUGCGCCAUCACUGCGUUAGGCCGCUUCGAUCCGAAGUGCGGCAGACACAUGGCUCUUCCUGAUCUUAAGCUCGUCAUCGAGUUCCCCCCCUGCUCUACGAUGAUCCUCCCAUCCUCAACCUUGGUUCAUGGAAACAUCCCCAUUCAUCCUGGUGAGACGCGUGCGUCUUUUACGCAGUUCUUCCCCAGUGGUCUCUUCCGCUACGUCAACAACGGUUUCAUGACGGAAAAGGCCCUCAAAGCAACCAACAAGAAGGAGCAUGAGAGGGUCUGUUCUGAGAAAGCCACCUGCUGGAAGAUGGGCCUGGAUCUUUUCAGCACCAGAUCUGAGCUCGAAGGAUCAGCCCAAGAUGAAAGAACCGCCCCUCCUUCAAACGGAUCCUUCCUCACCUCUCAUCUCCUCUGA